CAUCGAUAACGCCUUUAUCACUGUGUCAAUAAAUGUUCAUUUUUAGCCUGUCACUCACAAGAAGACCAAUGAAGAAUGAUAAGAAAUCGAUCAGUCAACCACUUGAUAUUUAAUGUAAGAAUUUGGCUAAAAAUAUAGAGCAUAUGUCUAUGAGGUGAAAAUGAUUAUAAAGUCUGUUGAUAUCAAUAGUUAUGGAUUUCAAUAUUCGAAGUAUCACUAUAACAAUAUACUACAUGACCGUCUGCGUCGUAUUGCUGGAAAGUACGGUGGUGUCAAAUAAAACACAGUAUCUUUUUGUUGAAGUUGUUGUCGAUUCCAAAAACUGUACUAACAAUGACACGCGUUGGCAGACACAACAAGAAAUCGUGUUCGAGAUUUUGCAAACACAUACAGAACUUGGUUUAUCCAUGUCAGGGAGAUACUGUGGUUGUAAAAUUUCAAAUACAACUGGAGGUAAUAAAACCGUGAAGGCUGUUGAAAUGCUUAUGUAUGACAGUAAAACUGGGUCAAUCAAUGCCAAGGCUAACACAGUUUCGAGUUUAGAAAAUGAGCUGGAAAAAUUAACACCUGGCAUAAUAGCAAGUAGAAAUUCUACAAUACCGCCGUUCUAUAUCUACUCAAAUUUGACAAUCGUGACUGACACUGAUACAAAAUACACAGCAUGCAUUGCGAAUUCAACGGAACUUUUUAACAACACCGUAAGUCAAGCAAGUAAAUCAGAGGCGGACUCCGGGCCAAGUAUUGGUACCAUUGUUGGAGCAGCUGUUGGUGCUUUUGCUGCCCUCGGGCUUAUUGCAGCGUCAGCAUGGUAUGUCGUUAGACAUUUGAAGAAUAACCAAAUUGAGGAUGAGGGGUCUAGCAGUGACAUGAAUCCUAUAGUUACUGGCUUGCCUGAUUUAGGAGAGGCGACAAAUUCAGUGGCACCGGCUGGAACAUGUUAGUUUAAAGAUUUAUAAAAAAGGAAAUAAAUAAAAAAAAUAAUAAUAAAAAAACAAAACAAAACAAAAACAUUCAUUUUUUUGUUAUGUUUCUUGAUCUUCAACCUUUUCUUGUUGUUGUUUGUUACAUUUUAAAAAAGAAAAACAGAUAAAAUUUCAGUUUGUUGGCCAGAUGUCGACGAAACAUUUAUUAUUUUGAUGUUCAAUACUGAUAUAAAAAUCAAUCAAUUUUCUUAAAGCCUGGCGUUUUACAAGUAUUACAUUUCAAAAUUUAGACCAUACUUCAGUAUGUAUUAGUCACAGUAGUCACUAAAGAUUUAAAAAAAAAUAUGUUUAUUUUUGUAAUUGUAAUUCAUUUUGAAAUUCCACGUAAAACUUAGAAAAGAAACAAAUCGUGUUUUUUUAAAGAUCCUUGACGUUGUGAUCAAAGUGGUAAAGCACACUUAGUGAAAUUAUAUAUAUGUACAUAAUUAUGUAAAUAUGACAAUUUUCAAACAUCGAACAAUAUGUAAAAUAUGUUCUACAAAUAUGUGUGCAUAUUAUAUGUAAUCAUUAAAAUAUAUGCAUUCAUUUCUUAUUAUAAAAUUUGACUUAAACUUUAUAGAAAUUAAUUUUUUAUUACUUCCCUUUAUUUACAUAAAAUGUUAAAUUCGGUUAUAUCUUUAUAAUAAUGCUUUUUGGAAACUACAAUAUUGAUAAAUCCUAAUUUGAGCAUCAUUUUUAUUAUUAAAAACAAGAACAAAAAUUGUUACAGGAACUUUAACUGUUAUGUUUUGAAAAGUUAAUAUUGCCUUUUCCAC